GAGAGAGAAAGCUGAUACCAAAAAACAAAAACAAAAAAGCUGAAAGUUUAAAAGCAAGUUAAAAGAAAGCUGAGGAAACCGAAAGGAAGAAAGUUAGAAAGAAAGAAAGAAAGAAAGAAAGAGCUUUUAUUUUUAUCUCUUCCUCUAUGUCCUCCUCUUAGGCCUUGUACCUGUUUCAUUUCAUCUCUCUCUGACUCUCUCUCUCUCUCUCCCUAUCUCUCUCUUCUACACUCACACACACCCUCUCCCUCUCCAUAAUCUCUUAAUUUCUUCUUUCCUUAAUUCUAUCACCAACAUAGCCACAGACAUAAACAUAGGUACUGGUUUCUUCUCUUCUUAGCCUAAUAGUAUCAUCAUACAAAGAUAUAACAUAACUCACACUUUUCUACACAGUACCAUGUUAGCCAAUAACUUAUCUCCAUCAUCAGUUCCCACUUCUGAGCCUUUUUCUAACGCUGAGAAUGCCACUGCCACCAAUAAAAGAAAGAGAAGACCUGCAGGAACACCAGAUCCAGAUGCAGAGGUGGUGUCACUCUCGCCACAAACUUUGUUGGAAUCAGAUCGUUAUGUAUGUGAGAUCUGCAACCAAGGAUUCCAGAGGGACCAGAACCUUCAGAUGCACCGGCGGCGGCACAAGGUGCCGUGGAAGCUAUUGAAGAGGGAAACACCGGUGGUGAGGAAGAGAGUGUUUGUGUGCCCUGAACCUACUUGCUUGCACCAUGAUCCAUGUCAUGCUUUGGGUGAUCUUGUUGGUAUUAAGAAGCAUUUCAGAAGGAAACACAGUAAUCACAAACAAUGGGUUUGUGAAAGAUGCUCUAAAGGCUAUGCUGUUCAAUCUGAUUAUAAAGCUCAUCUCAAAACUUGUGGCACCAGAGGCCACUCCUGUGAUUGUGGCCGCGUUUUCUCAAGGGUGGAGAGCUUUAUUGAGCACCAAGAUGCUUGCAACAUGGGGAACCUCCGGCGAGAAACUCAGCCACUUCAACCACCACCUGCAUGCUUAUCUAGAACAGCUUCAAGCCCAAGCCCUUCAAGUGAAACCAAUUUCAGCACAGGUCCUUGGCCACUAAGACUUGUAAUACCAAAGCCAACAGAAACUACAUUCAUGAACCCUACUCCUAUUAUUUCUACUCUUGCUGAAACCUCAUCCAAGAACAAUAUAAAACUCCACCCCAACUUGGAACUUCAACUCUCAACCACCAACAACACCAACACCUCAAACCCUAUUGAUGUAGCAUCUGCAUCACUAUCACCAAAGAGAGAUAAUAACGAGAACCAUUCCACCCAGUUACAACUCUCAAUUGGUUCAUCAGAUAUCAGUGAGAAAAACGAAUCAAAUAGGAAUUCAUCACCCAAAGAAAGCAGCAACAGCAGUGAGAAGCCAACUUCUGGCAUGGCUGCAAUAAGGGUUCAAGAACAAGCAAGGGAACACUUGAGGAUAGCCAUGGCUGAGAAGGCUUUUGCUGAAGAAGCAAGGAAACAAGCAAAGAAGCAGAUUGAACUAGCGGAACAAGAGUUCACAAACGCGAAGAGGAUAAGACAACAAGCACAAGCUGAACUUGACAAAGCCUACGCUUUGAAAGAGCAUGCAAUGAAGCAGAUAAGUUCCACUUUGCUUCAAAUCACUUGCCAUGCUUGCAAACAACAAUUUCAAGCAAGAACCGCAACAACACUGGAUGAAACUACUUUGGUUCUAAGCUACAUGUCUUCUGCCAUAACAACAACAGAAGGUGGCGUGGUAGAAAACGAUAAUGGCAAAAACAACUAAGAACUAAUGAUCAUCAUCAUCAUCAUCAUCAUAAUCUUUUCUCUCUGUAUUAUUUUUGUUUUUUCAAUAUUGUCCACCUUUAUGGGGUUAAUUAAUACCUUUUUUAUUUUUUAACUCUUAAUAUAUCUUUGUGAAUUGGUAUACCAAGUGAAGUGAGUGAUGUUGAUUAUGUAAGUGGGAUUAAUAGCGGGGCGGAGAAAAGAGUACUGUAAUUCCUGUAACUUGCAGUUUGUGCGAUGUUAUUUGUUAAUUAAAUUUGGUAUAAAUGCAGACUAUGAUAAAAAGGGUUUCGCAAGU